GUGGUUAGGGGGCGCUAUGUUAGGUUGACAUGGCAACCUCUAAUUCACGAGUGUAUUUCUGAUAUUCUUGUUCUGUAGGCUAUGAUAAAACUUGAUAACCAGUGAAAACUACUCGGAUAGUGCCUAUGUUUGUUUUCUGUUGGUUUACGAGGCUCAGAACAAUUAUCUUGUCUUUUUGAACAACUAUACAAUGGAUUUUGUCACGUUUGACCCAUUAAAUCCAUAUUUCAAACACGAAGUGGAUAAACUAUGUGCAGUUUGUUCUAAAAAGUUAGAAAAAGGCAAAACACACUCAUUAAAUACCAAUGUAGACAAGGAAACAAUCAAAGUAUAUCAAGUUUUGGAAUCAAUCUCAAAAUUUAAGCUUUCUGAUGAUGGCCCUCAACUCCUUUGCUUUCCUUGUUAUCACAACACUGCAUCCGCAUACAAAUUUCAACAGAUUUGCAACAACUCACAAGGCUUUUAUGAACAGUAUAUGAAACAUCAACAGAUUUUAGUGGAACAGAAAAAAUCAGAUGAUAAAACAGAAGAAAUUGAAAUACAAAUUAGUCCACCAAAUGAACAGCAGGAUAUUAAUAAGGAAAAGAAGGCUGUGAAAGCAUGUGCAAGAAGGAUUCAAUGUAAAGUGUGUCAUACAUUUCACAGGGCUGAUAAUUUAAAAGCUCAUAUGAGAAUACACACUGGAGAGAAACCUUACAAGUGUAAAUUGUGUGAUGCCAGUUUUACGCAAUGGUCUUCUUUGAAGUAUCAUACAGAAGCACAUGAAAACAAGCGACAUUAUGUUUGUAGAUUUUGUGGCAAAGCAUACAACACAAAUAGUCAAGUUAGACAACAUGAAAUGACACAUACUGGAGAAAGGCCACAUCAAUGCAAGCAAUGUGAUUUGUCCUUCAGGACGAAACAAGAUUUCCGACGACAUUCUGUUGUUCACACUGACGAGAAACCUUUCACAUGCGAAUACUGCGCGAAAAGUUACAAUCGAAACAGUACACUCAGAGUACACCUGAAAAUCCACACAGGAGAAAAAUCGCAUGAGUGUGAAUGGUGUGGGAAACGUUUUAUUCAACUAUCAUCAUUAAAAAGUCAUCUUCAAACUCAUGCAAAGAAACAUAUUCAAGAAGCAGUGAAAGAACAAAGUAUGCAUGAUAUUCAUACUGAAGAAAUUGUAUUGCAAAUAUCUGAAGAUGAUAGUAUGACAGAAACAUAUGUAAUAGAAGAGUUCAGUUAAAAUAGUAGGAAAAUAGUUAAAUAGUAAAAAUGUUAAAUUUGCAA